GCGGGAGCACCGUACGCUUUCUCCUCGCCGGCCGGAAGUUGUGGGACUGAAUGGGUCCCGGAGCCGGCGCUUGCGGUUUCUCUGUUCUGACCUGACUCUUCGCUGCCCGACCGGCGGUCUCGUCAGCUGCUGGGCUACCAGGUUCAUGUGGAGGCUCCCAGGCGCCCGCGCCGCGCUUCGUGGGGUCCGCGCGGUACUGGAACGGCACAGUCAGGCCGAGGCGGCGACUGAGACGGCGUCGGGUGCGAUGGAGCGAGCGGUAGUGCGUUGUGUGCCCUCGGAGCCUAAGCUAAGCCUGUCGUUCGCGCUGUCCGACGGCAGCCACAAGAACAUGCAGCGCGACCAGAGCGAGCCGCUGGGUCGAGCCCUCAGCCGGAUCGCUACCAACGCCCUGAAAGGCCACGCUAAGGCGGCCGCCGCCAAGAAGAGCAGGAAGAACCGGCCAAAUGCUAGCGGCGGCGUGGCCUGUGCGGGACCCGGGCCGGAGCCGGCUGCGGCCUGCGAGCCCGUGGUGAAACUGUACUACCGGGAGGAGGCAGUGGCCGAAGACGUGCUCAAUGUGGACGCCUGGCAGGACGGCGCGGUGCUGCAGAUCGGCGAUGUCAAAUACAAGGUGGAGCGCAACCCGCCCGCCUUCACCGAGCUGCAGUUGCCACGCUACAUCAUGGCCGGCUUCCCGGUGUGCCCCAGGCUCAGCCUCGAAUUUGGGGAUCCCUCCAGUUCCCUUUUCCGCUGGUACAAGGAAGCCAAACCCGGAACGGCGGAGCCCGAGGGCGGGGGGCCCUCUUCUUUGUCUCCUAAUUCGCCCUCUCCUAGUUGGACAGAUACAGGUGUAGAUGAGCGCGUCUACACCCCCUCUAAUGCCGACAUCGGGCUACGGCUCAAGCUUCAUUGUACCCCAGGCAAUGGGCAGCGCUUCGGGCCAAGCCGGGAGUUGGAAAGUGUGUGUAUAGUGGAGGCCGGGCCCGGCACCUGCACCUUUGACCACCGGCAUCUCUACACCAAGAAGGUGACUGAUGAUGCUCUAAUCCGCACUGUCUCCUACAACAUCCUGGCGGACACGUACGCGCAGACUGAGUUCUCGCGGACGGUCCUGUACCCGUACUGUGCUCCUUACGCCCUGGAGCUCGACUACCGUCAGAACCUUAUACAAAAGGAACUCACGGGGUACAACGCCGACCUCAUCUGUUUGCAGGAGGUUGACCGCAACGUGUUUACGGACAGUUUGAUGCCAGCCCUUGAGGCCUUUGGGCUGGAGGGCGUGUUUCGAAUCAAGCAGCACGAAGGCCUGGCCACUUUCUACCGAAAGUCCAAGUUCAGCCUCCUUAGCCAGCAUGACAUUUCUUUCCAUGAAGCCUUGGAGUCCGACCCACUUCACAAGGAACUGCUGGAGAAACUAGUUUUGUACCCAUUGGCGCAGGAGAGGGUGCUCCAGAGAUCAUCUGUCCUUCAGGUUUCUGUUCUUCAGUCAUCAAAGGACUCUUCAAAAAAGAUAUGUGUUGCUAAUACCCAUCUCUACUGGCAUCCAAAAGGUGGGUACAUUCGUCUCAUUCAAAUGGCUGUAGCCUUGACUCACAUUAGACAUGUCUCCUGUGAUCUGUAUCCUGGCAUACCAGUUGUAUUUUGUGGGGACUUUAACAGCACCCCAUCAACAGGAAUGUAUCAUUUUGUCGUCAGUGGCAACAUUCCAGAGGGUCAUGAAGACUGGGCUUCCAACGGGGAAGUGGAACGAUGCAACAUGGCUCUUACCCAUUUCCUCAAACUGAGAAGUGCUUGUGGGGAGCCCGCUUACACAAAUUAUGUUGGUGGCUUUCAUGGCUGUCUGGACUACAUUUUCCUUGACUUAAAUGCUCUAGAGGUUGAACAGGUGAUUCCAUUACCUAGUCAUGAAGAAGUCACCACCCAUCAGGCCUUACCUAGUGUUUCCCAUCCUUCUGAUCACAUAGCACUUGUAUGUGACUUAAAAUGGAAAGAGAUUUGUGUUUAAUGGAAUUUAAGUCUGUUUUAAUACUAAAUUUACUAUGAAUCAAAGCUUAUGUGUAACCUUCAGAAACGAAAACUAGACAGUAAGGUAAACUGUUUACCAGUUAUAUUCUAGUGUCUUCAUUACAUGACUAUUCAUAAUGUUUGCAUAAUACAGUUUCUCUACCCUUUUUCUUCCCAACACUUGCAGGAAAAACAAAUAUAUUUAUGAAAGGAAAAACACUGAAUUACUGUGUAUAUAAAGUACUUUUUUUUUUAGCUAGUAAUUAAGAAUUUUGUUAAAAAAAACAUUUGAUCCUAUAAUUUUUCUAUCAUGACAUAUUUCAAAUUGAAUCAUGCUUAUAUCAUUAGGGGGAAAAUACAAUUUUAAGGUGAGAGGCCUAAGUUCUGGCCCUUGUAGUCACAUUCAGGUCUAUCUCUACCUCAGUUUGGUUUGGUCAGCAAUUUAAUACAACUUCAGAACUUUAACAAAAGAUUAAAGUACACCAUUACCAAUUUUAUUGCUUCUCAUCUUUCAUUUUUCAAUUAAUAUAUUUUCGCUAUUUUUAGGAUUUAGAUUUUAGAGUAGGGCACAAAUGGACAUAUUCACUGUUACUGCAGCUUGUUCUAACCUUAGGAUGCAAGCAGAAUUUAGUAUUUAAAGUGAAUAGCAACAUAGUCGAUUUGAUUCGAUUGUCUUUAUUCUUCCCCAUGAAAAAUGUUCAUAAAUCAAUAGGAUUUUUGACCAUGUAGUAGAGAAUACAGUAUAGCACAUUAUGAGAAGCUGUCUACUAUCUGAUAUGGGCUUGAAAUUUUGAAUGAACCAUUGAGCGUUUCUAUGCUAGUAUUUUCAAAACAGUUGGUUUUUAUAAAUAGGGAGCAGUGGGGCUUUUGACCAUCUCUGAAAUAAAUUAGUCUUUUUAUAGCCUUGAGUGUCAGUUUGAGUUAUAAGAAAACAUUGUAUAUAUAAUUUAUACACUAUGAAAAACUUAACUAUGAAGCCAAACUUUUUUAAAAUUAAAAAUUACUUUUAGUGGUGUCUAACCUGUAGAAAAUUGAGCUUUUCUAAGUCAUUUUUCACCACGUUAUUAUGUUGUAGCUGUUGUAUUUCUGAUGUUCAGAAUAACCAUAAUGUUCUCUCACAUUUCUGCAUUUAAUUUCUAGCUUAAAUAUUAGAUGCCCAUCCACUUCAGGAAGAGCUCUGGAAAGACUUUGUCCCAAAUUCUUAAAUCUCCCAACCCCGUACCUUCAGAAUUUCUUCAUUUUUUGAUAAAGUAGCCUGUACUUUCAUACUCUGCUCACUACCCAAUAUAUUGACUUUUAAUUUAUUGAGUUUGAGAAUAAGGUUUCACCUGCACUUCCAAUUGAAUCUUGAAGUACUUAGAAGUACAUGAAGGAAAAAAUUUAGGUGGCAGUUUUUUUGGAUCUUUAGAAAAAGCUAUAAAUGAAAAACUGCUGCUAGGUCUCCCUAAAUAACAUUUGUGAGAGCAUUUUGAUACCAGUUUACAAAUAUAUAAUAUAUUAAAGCCAGAAUCUGUUUCUUUCAAAUAUUUUUUCUUCCUUAUUAAAAUUUGUUUUUGGUCUGCUUUCAAACAAACACGUUAACAUUCUUACAAUAACCUGAGAGAGAACAAAAAGUGUGUAAGCAAAAAAUUGAGAAACAUUUUCAAAGAAAAAAUUAUAACAUGACAUAAUCACUCAUGCCCAUGAGAAAAGAAAAACACACAUCCUUAUACCAUGGCUAGCUAGACUGAACUCUGGUCAGAAAAGCUCUAAGCACUUAACAUUCAAUGUCCUCAAUCUUUAAAUCUGGUAUUUGCUGAUUAAACAGUAUGAUCACUGUAUACAAGCAUUUCAGAAUAGAAUACAGAUUAUCGUUAUGAAGUGACGUAUAGUCUGGUCAAAUCUCCAGUAUGUUAGUAUAAUUGGAGUCCAAAGGUAGGGAACACAAAAUUGUAUAAAUAGCAUACCAAAAUUUCCUUGUAUUCAUGAGUUAAGAUAAAGUGUUACUCAGAAAUGUUUACGUAUUUAAAGUAAUCUUUGUGAUUGAAUUUUUCUAUUACAUUUGCAUUUGGAUUUUUUUAGUACAUUUAAUUUUAAUAAAAUACGGACAGUCUGGCAGCUUUCUACGGUGAACCACAUUUUGUAAUGUCAUGACUUCUUGCUGUAGGAAUUAACAUUCCAAAAUUUUACAUUUUUGAUUAUAAGUGACAGAAUUAUACUACACAUUCUAUGAAAUGAAUGCUACACAGUUGCCACUGACAGACACUGGUAGUUCAUAACUCACUAGCAAACAAAUCAUUUCUGCCACAAUGUGAUUAUCUUUAAAAUUUUUAUUACUAUAGUUAGUUUAAAAUUUCCAGGAAUUUUACUGAUUUUGCUGAAAGGACUUAAGGCCUGAUAAUCAUCAGAAUGUGGUGGUUUUAGUCUGGAGGUAGCUCUCUAAGGAACAGAGGGGGAGAGGGUCCAAAGAACAACACUGUGGGAAGAUCUCCCUGGUGGGAACUCAUGUUUGGAUCACAUUCUCCAGCUAUGAAAUACAGGUAGAGGUUCCCUAAAAACUAGUCCGGUUGAGACAAAACCAAAAUUCAUAAUGAAGGUAAAAAUUUUUGCUGCUUUUAUCAAAAAACCCACAAGACAAUAAAAAUGCAAUCAACCACGG